CGCUCUCUGCCAGUCUGGCCCGUUCCCCACCGGAGACCUCCGAUCUUUUGACCCCAUCCAGUUUUCUCAGCUCGUCGUACUAAGAGUCAUAGAAAACAAUUCACAAGCGGCAAUCAGACGCGGCCCAUCCGGAGCCAGAUGCGGCAUAGGGACCGAAGACGGGGAACGCGAGGCGAGACGGAAUGCAGCACGAGAAUUUUCUGUCGAUCCCAAGCAAGUGAGAUAUUGGUGGAAACAAAAGGAGCAGCUGAUGAGCGCCAAAACCACCUGCCGGGCUUUCCGUGGUCCAAAAAGUGGAAAAUACCCUGAGAUUGACAACAAGAUUUUGGAAUACGUGACUGAAUUAAGGAAGAGCGGAUGCACCGUGUCACACGAAAUGCUGAAAAUGAAGGCCCGGGAAAUUGCCAGAGAACAGAACAUCGCCGAAACGGAGUUUAAAGCCAGUAGAGGCUGGAUAAGUCGCUUUAUGCAGCGAAACAACCUUAGCCUUCGCAGACGAACGUCGCUGUGUCGGAGAUUACCAGGAGAUUAUUCUUGCCGAGUGUUGGAAUUUCAGAAAUUCCUUAUAAGACAACGCCAAGAACAUGAAUAUUUUCUAUCGCAGAUCGGGCACCCGGACCAGGCUCCAAUCUACCUGAUGACGACAAAUCAGAAGAUCAAAAAGCACCGUCUUUGCCUGUGUGUCGAAUUUCCCCAGAUGGAGGCCCGGGUGCUCGAACAGCAAGUGGUCUUGGAGGACACGGUGUUUCCAGGAGGGGCACUAGAGUCGUUCCCAUCUCCUCGGGUCAACUUCCCACGAAAAGUUCUCCCUCCUCCUCAGGGCCCUGCCCUUCUCCCAAAGAGGAGCCCAGGAAAUCAAGCAAUGGCCACUGCACUUCAAAAAACCAGUGCUCAGGGGUCGGUGACAUUCGAAGACGUGACAGUAGCCUUCACCCGCAAAGAGUGGCGGCUUCUGGACCUCGCCCAGCGCAACUUGUAUCGGGACACAAUGCUGGAAAACUAUAGGAACCUCACUUCGCUGGGGUUUUCCAUGGUCAAGCCUGUUGUGAUCUGCCGCCUGGAGGAAGGGAAAGACCCGUGGGGCCAGGAUCUGCCAGAAACUGAGGACCGAGAGACCCUGGGAGAUCCCCACACAGAUUGCAAGACCAAACCUGAGACAGAGUCAGUUCCACCACAACAAGAAGUAAGUGAAGAAGCAGAUUUCAAAAGGGCAUCACUGGAAAGAUGCCAACAGAACGUUUUUGUCAGUGCUGUGGAUAGAAAAGCAUCUGUACGUAAGGGUAGGUUACAGAAGCAAAGCGAGAACUCUACUAGAAGAAGGCCAAGGAAAUGCCCUGCUCAAGAAAGAGAUUAUAGAAACAUCAAAGUCCACAAGAAAAUCUCCUCGAAAAAAAUGUCUGCUGACUGUGAGAGAAACAUCAAACUGAGUUCUUGCCUUAUUGGACACCAGAGAAUUUGUAGUGGAGAGCGGCCCUACAAAUGUAGUGACUGUGGAAAAGGAUUCGCUGUCUCCUCAUCCCUAAUUAAACAUCAGAGAAUUCACACUGGAGAGAAUCCGUACAUUUGUAAUGAAUGUGGAGAAGCCUUCAGUGUCUGUUCAUCCUUAAUUAAACAUCAGAGAAUUCAUACUGAAGAGAAUCUGUAUAUUUGUAAUGAAUGUGGGAAAACCUUCAGUCUCUACUCUUCCCUAAUUAAACAUCAGAGAAUUCACAGUGGAGAGAAUCCAUACAAAUGUAAUGAGUGUGGGAAAGCCUUUAAUCAACACUCCAAUCUUACUCGUCAUCAGAGAAUUCAUUCUGGAGAGAAACCUUUCAGAUGUGAUGAAUGUGGGAAAGAUUUCAAUCAGCACUCACACCUUAUUCGUCAUCAGAAAAUUCAUACUGGAGUGAAAUCCUACAAGUGUAAUGAAUGCGGGAAAGCCUUAAUUCACCAACCACAGCGUACUUCUCAUCAGAGAAUUCUUACUGGAGGGAAACCCUACAAAUGUAAUGAGUGUAGGAAAGAUUUCAGUCAACAACCAGCCCUUAUUACAUAUCAGAGAAUCAGAAUUAGAGAGAGACCCUACAAAUGUAAUGAAGGCGGGAAGUAGUUUAGUCAGUAUUCAGUUCAUUUUGAACACCAUAAAGUGAGUGGCAGGGGAACUGAGAAAUGAAUCUAGGAAGGAGGGGUGCAAAAUCAGGGGUUUAAGUACCAGUGAGUGAAAUCCAUUUUGCUCAGAUUCAAAUUAAAUAUUUGACCCCUUUUCUGUCUUAUGUAAAGCUGUAUCUGCCCAAACACUUCUGAGAGCUUCCUCCUUCUCACCAUCCUCCUCCAGCUUUCCUCCCCACCUCUCCUCUAUCUCAACCUCCCUUGGAUUAUUUCCUCAUCUGCAAAAUAGGAAUUCAAUACCU